UUUCCAUUUUAUAACAAUUAAACAAAAACCCAUAUAAGAUUUUUAAUCAAUUUCUGAAAUUUAUCACAAUCUCAUCACCAAAUUGGAUUUCUUGAAUAAGUUGGGGUUUCUUGUUUUCAUGGUGAAAAUUAUAAUAUCAACAAUGAAUUGAACCUGAAAAUUCGUGUAAUUGUUUCUUAAUUUAUUAUCUAAAAAACCCAUAUUCCCAUUUUGAAGAAAUUUGAGAAAAUGGAAAAGUAUGAGCUUGUGAAGGAUAUAGGAUCUGGGAAUUUUGGUGUUGCAAGGUUGAUGAGGAACAAAGUUACAAAAGAACUUGUUGCUAUGAAAUAUAUAGAAAGAGGGCAUAAGAUUGAUGAGAAUGUUGCUCGAGAAAUUAUUAAUCACAGAUAUCUUCGACACCCUAAUAUUAUUCGGUUUAAAGAGGUGGUGCUGACUCCCACCCACCUUGCUAUUGUCAUGGAGUAUGCUGCGGGAGGUGAACUUUUUGAUAGGAUUUGCAAUGCUGGAAGAUUUAGCGAAGACGAGGCUAGAUACUUCUUCCAACAGCUUAUAUCAGGAGUUCACUACUGCCAUUUCAUGCAAAUAUGCCAUAGAGAUUUGAAGCUCGAGAACACUCUAUUAGAUGGAAGCCCUGCACCGCGCCUGAAAAUCUGUGAUUUUGGCUACUCAAAGUCAUCUCUGCUUCACUCGAGACCCAAAUCCACAGUUGGAACUCCUGCAUACAUUGCCCCGGAGGUUCUUUCUCGUAGAGAGUAUGAUGGCAAGUUGGCUGAUGUGUGGUCUUGUGGAGUGACACUUUAUGUUAUGCUCGUGGGAGCAUACCCUUUUGAAGACCAAGAAGAUCCUAAAAAUUUUAGGAAGACUAUCCAACGAAUUAUGGCUGUGCAAUAUAAGAUCCCCGACUAUGUUCACAUUUCUCAAGAGUGCAAACAUCUUCUUUCUCGGAUAUUCGUCGCCAGUGCUUCCAGGAGGAUUAGCCUAAAAGACAUCAAAAGCCACUCAUGGUUCCUGAAGAAUCUGCCAAGGGAAUUGACCGAAGCUGCUCAAGCCGUGUACUACAGGAAGGAAAACCCGACAUUUUCACCACAAAGUGUAGAGGAAAUCAUGAAAAUUGUUGAAGAAGCAAGGUCCCCUCCUGCAGCUUCUCGUUCUAUUGGAGGGUUCGGGUGGGGCGAGGAAGAAGAAGACGAUGACGACAAAGAAGCCGGUGAGAAUGACGCCGAGGAUGAUGAAGAUGAAUAUGACAAAAGGGUCAAAGAAGCUCAUCAAAGUGGAGAAGUAUGUCUCACCUGAAAAGUUAUCUAUGUUUUAAGUUUGUAAAAAGAGUCAGGGAGCUUAAUAAGCAAAGUAUGUAAAUCUCUACGACAUCUUGCCGUGUGAGAAUAUUUAGGUGUGUUGAUGACUUGAUGCUGUUGUAUACUGAUAUCUGGUUUGAGUCAUUGAAUUUUUGUGUUUUAUGGAAGCCAGAAAUGCCGGUCCUUGGGGUAAAUUUGGUAUUGUUGAAAGACCUUAGUAUUACUAAUCGAUAAAAAUGUUUGAUCUCGUUUUAAGGCUGCUA